AUGUCCUUCUCUUUUCGCACUCAAGGAGGAAUAACGCCUCCGCCAGGUUAUAACGUUCAUUCUACAAUACAGACUUCGAGCACGACUCUCAAACCUUACCUUCAACUCCCUCACAUCCUUUCCCUAGCUUGGCUAGCAUAUCCAAUUCUUUCGCUCAUCUUUGUGAUAUUCAGGCUCCAGCUAUCAUCCCAAUCUGCCCAAACUGCAGUAGCUAAUGCAAAGGGUGACUUCUUGAUCGCAUGUCAAGCAGCAGAACAAGCUGCUACAGCUGCGGCCAGUGCUCCGCGGUAUAUGGCAAUUGCCUCAAAUCAGUUAAUCGCAGAUACUAUCAAUGGCACCAUGAAUGACGCGCGCGCAGCUCUGAUUCUAUCAUUGACUGUCAUGGAAGUGAUCAUCAAUUUCCUUAUUGACAUUUACCGCUCCACGUUUUUGUGUUUCCUCGAGCUGAUUGUUGGAGGUGGGCUUGCACUUCUCAUUGCUGCUGUUCAAGAGAUCACUUCUUUCUUGCAAAGCACCAUAACCGCCAUUGUGUCAGGUUUGCAGAAUGAUGCCACUUCGCUCAACUCUGCCAUUACAAGCGUCGUCAACGAGCUCAACAAGGUCAAUCCUUUCAGUAAAAUCACUGCGCCACAAUUCAAUGUCUCGAGCCUGGACUCUCUGUCCAGUAUCACUAUCCCAACGGAUUUUGAGAAUGCGUUGAUUCAGCUUAACAAUUCACUGCCAACCGUGUCGUCGAUCAAGAACUCUAUUGAAUCUCUCGUCGAUACACCUUUUGAAGCCGUAAAGUCUGAUAUCAACAGCACAUUCCAAGGCCUUGUCUUCGAUGUAUCGACGCUUCCUGUCCCUGCUCAGAACACGGUUUCAUUUUGCAACAAUUUGGACACUUCCUCAAUUGACGAUCUUGGAAAUGACCUCCUCACGAUUACGAAGAUUGGCACCAUUAUAUUGAUCCUUGUUCUCUUUGCCCUGCUAGCAGGACACGUUGCCCUCGAGUGGUACAAGUGGCACUGCUUGCAGUCUCACCUCCGUCGCACUCGUGAGGCAUGGGUUUCUGACCCCACCACGGUGUACACCAGCUCAGCUAGUGCCCCUUCUGUCACACUCACCAACCACAAUCUCCUCAUGCUCCAGACGGAUGCGCAACACCCCCUGCUUACUCGCAUAGCCAACUCCCUCUCAGCUAAACUGCGUAUGUCCGCUUCACAGCACACUCACCUACGAUGGUUUCUGCACUACAUUUUCCAUGCGCCUGCACUUGCCUGCUUCUUGAUCGGUUUCUUCGGUCUACUUUCCGUUCAGAUACAGCUUCUUGCUGUCGGUCCGUUGGAAGCAAAGUACACUGCACAAGCGGCUGCGAGUGUGCAGGAUCUCUCCAGCACAAUCUUCGUGCAGGUGAACAGUUCAAUGUAUAACCAGUCCUCAUCAUACGCUGGUAGCAUUAAUGCACGUGUUGAGACUGUUCAGUCCUCUGUCAACGACGGUCUGUUCGGCUGGGUCAAUGGCACCACCACAACCCUCAAUACGACGCUGAACAACUUCUACACCGAUGUUCAGAAUAUCGUCGCGAGUGUGUUCAAUGGGACCGUCUUGGAGAACACUGCGCAGGACUUCGUCCGGUGCAUUAUCGGCUCGAAGGUCGAUGCACUCGAAGAGGCACUCACGUUCCUGAACGAGAACUUGAAUGUCGAUCUUCCGACUGUCAACGAGACCGUCUUGGUGCUUUCGUCGUCCGAUGUUAAUGAGAUCACUCAGCCAAUUGCAACCGCCGCGCUUGGUGGCGGUCAAAGUGACUCAAGCGGCCUGAUCGGAAGGCUUGUGGCGACAUACGUGGACUCUCUCAAGCAGGAACGGAUUAUGUUUGCCCUAUUCCUCAUUCUCUGGGGCGUUGUCGUAGUCAUGGGUCUCGCUAUCGUUUUCUGGCAUUCCUACGCCAGAAAUUGGGUUGAAGCGUACAAGAAGCGUAAAUGGCGCAAGGAGCAACGCAACGAUGAUAUUGUAGCAGCCUUUCCUGACGCACCGUCCAUCGUUCACAUCAGCAAGGAUUCGGAAAAGGGCGAAAAGACGCCUGAUAUGGGUUUUCGUUCGUUUACGCCUCUUCCUGAGCCGCGUUCAGCAUUCAGCCUUAAUCCGUUCAGCCGGUCUGCCAAUCAUCCGCUGAAAUCGCUUGAACCUCGAUUUGAAAAAAGCUGGGAUAGUUUUUUCCACGAGGGGGGUGAGCCGAAAGCCGAGCGGCAGCAGCAGCCGUCUCGCGCUAUCAGUAGGCUGAUGCGUUUGAUGGCUCUUGGAAAGAGGAAGCAGGAUGUUGACGGUGGGGACAGAGAGGACUUUCCACAGGUAGAAAAUGAACAAACCAGGUCGCACUGGUUCAAACCCGUGACAAACUUCUUUGCUAAGAAGGCUGCUCCCGCUGAGGAAUUUGUCGUCGAUAGGCCGAUAGGCCGGUCUUCUAGGCCUCCCUUGACAAUUUCGAUCGCUCAUGCUUCCUCGCUCAAGCCAGAUGACCUGCCACACAUUGAGCGGUCUCCAACUCGAGAAGAGCCUUCCUCUGCUUGGUCUGUCUCACCGACUCCACCCUCUCGGCCGUGGACGAAGAGCGUAGUUCCUGCCAAGAACCCGGUGCUUCCUUCUAUAUCCUUCUCGCCACUGCUCCAUCCAGAGCAGCGCAGGAAAGCCAGCGUGCCCACUGACGUUGGCCCAUUUGAUGAAUAUGGCUUCACUCUUCCGCAGACCAAGGAACCAAGCCCGCUUGCGAUGCCGCUCCAUCACGCCUUCGAGCGGGCGCCCCCACAGCAUGCAACUGUCCCAUUGACGCUCUAUCCGUCACAAGUGCAGGCUGCGCUCCUCGCUGCCAAAAACAAGCCUGCAAUGGCUCCUCCCCGGCCGGGGCUUGCGCCGUCCUCCCUACCAGAAUCCGUUGCCCCCGUAACACGGCUUCUCACGACUACUCACGCGCGGAAGUCUAGCAAUACCAUAAACCCGUUUGCAACUCCGUUUGACGAUGACGACGACGCCCACGCAGUAUCUCCGACGCAGACGAAAAGGAUAACGAACCCCCAUGCUGGCUUUGCAUUGUAA